UUGAGAUUGACCCUUCCCCAGAACAUGUUUCUGCCGCAACACCUGACUCACCAACUCAACUCGCACAAAAUCAACUCUUGAAGCAUAGCGCCACAGUAGACCUCGCUGCAUUCGCUUCUCCGGACCCAAGCCGCACCAUCAUUGGACAGUCACUUACCUUUCUGCCGCGCAGCCUAGCACUCAGCUGCACCCCAGAGUUUUCAUUCAAGCCAUGCCAGGCCGCUUGCUGCAGUCUCUUGCAAGGGUAGCGCCGUCGCCGUUGCCCAAGCUCGACCAGCACAAGCCCACUCCUCCCCAGCCAUUGUUCCCUCCAUGCUACUCGUACGCACCACCAGUCGAGGAGAGGAACAAGUCGCAGGAAAACCUCAUCAUGGCUCGCCUUCCCUUCGUGCGUCACCACAGCCACGAUGGCAACAAGAAGAGCACCCCAAAGGGUACGCCUAAGGGCACUCCAAAGACCAGCCCAAAGCUGGAGCCACAUGUGGCUGCAUCCAUGAACAUGAGCGUGGAGUCGCCACCAGUGGUGUUUUACAACACCCCACAGACGUCAGCGGGCGCCAUUUUCACUGGCCAGCUCCUGCUCAACGUGCAUGAGCCCCACAUCACCGUGGACAAGUUCGAGAUGAAGCUCCUCGCGAUCGUCACAACUAAGAAACCAGUCGCUCAGCAUUGCGGCGACUGCUCCAACCAGUCUACCGAGAUUCACGCAUGGGACUUCUUGACACACCCCACUUCUCUGCGCAGUGGCCAACACAGCUACCCCUUCAGCCACCUCCUCCCUGGUCACCUGCCAGCUACCACCCAUGGUAGUCUCGCGACCCUCGAUUACUACCUGUCUGCAUUAGCGACCACUUCAGGGGGUGACAAGAUCACCUACAGGCGUGCUGUCGACGUUAGGCGUGCCAUUUUCCCCGGAAACGAGAAGCACUCCAUUCGCAUCUUCCCACCGACAAACCUGACUGCUUCGGUUACGCUGCCCCCGGUCAUUCACCCGAUUGGUGACUUCCCUAUCGCUAUGCGCCUAUCAGGCAUCGUCCAGAACAAGGCUGAUUCGCAGACCCGCUGGAGGCUCAGGAAGCUUAACUGGCGCAUUGAGGAAACCCAGAAGUUCAUUGCCCCGGCCUGCUCGAAGCACGUCGCUAAAGUCGGAGGCGAGGGUAAGGGCGUCCUUCACGAAGAUGUCCGUGCUAUUGCAACUGAGGAAGUCAAGACUGGCUGGAAGACAGACUUUGAGCGCGGCGAGAUUGACGUCGAGUUCAAUGCUGCUUGCAAUGUUUCUCUGAAGCCGCUCUGCGACAUGGAUAGCCAGAGCGGCAUGAGCGUCAAGCACAACCUCGUCAUCGAGAUGGUUGUCGCUGAAGAGUGGGCUCCGCUUAAGAAGCUCAGCCAGGCCACCCCCACUGGUGCUGCUCGCGUGCUCCGUACCCAGUUCCACCUUGUUCUUACUGAGCGUUCGGGCAUGGGUAUCGCUUGGGACGAGGAGCAGCCACCCGUCUACGAGGAUGUUCCCGCUAGCCCACCCACUUACAUGGACGACGUUGAGAUUCAGUUCCCCGCAUCUGACAGCGCUACCACUUCUCGCUCGGCAUCCUUCAGUCUCGAGAGCUGAAUAGCAAACCCUGCAUCGUUUUGACAUUAGUACCGUCGAUUUCGGCGAUAUCAAAACGCUUUACGAGUCUCCUUCUCACGUCGAUUGGCUAUUCAGUUUUGAGUUUCUGGUGGACUGUGCAGGAUAUACCCAUUUGCGUGCCCACGUGGGCUUUUACACUACUCUUGUUUACGCAGACAGCGAGGCGUUCUGGGAAGUGGUUGAGUUGAGCCUACACGAGCUCCUCUGUAUGGUUUACCACAGGCGUUCUACAUUUUUACAAAAGUUUGUCGAACAAUACACUACAUAGUAAUGCACAACAGCAGAGCUGCAAAUCCAUCCUCACAAUGCCUGCUUCACAUGCCACUCGUGUAUUCUUUA